AUUGCGUCUAACCGCUGUUUUAAUAUGACGUCAUCAAUUAUAAUUCGCUGAAAAAUGACGCAAUAUCAUGUGUCGUUUGCUUACAUAUGAUAAAGCAGUAUUUAAAUAGUUAAUUUAUCAACGGUCUGCUACCAAUAUUACAAUUAACUGGUUUCAAACAGAAAAACUCCAAAUAUUUCUUGACAAUAUUCAGAACUUCGUGAAAUGAAUCAAACAGUCAUGACUUUCAACAACUGAUGUGAUAAUACUUUUAAUUUGGUGUAGUGUAGAGUGGUGUUAUGCAGUAAAAAAUCAUUAAAAAUGGCUGAUAUUGUGAAAAACGUGACUCGAUGAAAAUGAAUGGAAAUAAUCGAACAUCCUGGCUUAUUGAAUCACGCUUACAAUGCAGCAUUGAGUCUUAGUCUUGCGUACUCAUUCAAAGACUUCGAAUUGUGUUAACCUCUCUGAAGUUUUUUUAAAAGAAAUCUUUUGUUAACGGUUAACAGUCAAUCAUGUUUGGUGUUAACGAAGCGGCUAAUAAUCAGGGUGAAGAAGUAGAAGAUAUUGUGAUGGAAUCGUCAACAGACAGCUUAAAUUUUCAAUAUCAAAUUGAGUGCAAAUAUAGCAAUCUUCUUCCCUAUGUUGACGAAUUAGACGAAGAGGCUAAAAUUCUUUUGGCUGAUAUCAAAGGACAAUUGGGUCGAGCUUUGAUGCUUUGUCGUUUUGAGCCUGAUUUUUAUGUUUCACUUUAUAAAUUUCAAAUGUACUUGAAGGUGUACCAUUUUCGAUUCACCAAGGAUGAUCAUAUUUUAUUUAUUAAAUUGAUGUAUGAAUUGAUGACUAUGUCAAAUCCAGAAGGUCGUUCUAUACUUGUCCUUGCUAAUACAUUAAUUGCUCUACUGAAAAAAAAGGAAUUGAUCGCACCAGGUGAAUUGGAACUGCCAUGGAGACCUCUUUAUGAUUUGAUGAUCAAAAUUUAUGAUAGAUCAAAAGUAUCAGCAGCUAUUUUAGGAAUGCAACGAGUUAAUUUAUCUACCAUCAAAUUGUUAUAUAAUGUAGCUCACCAAACAAAAACAUAUUUUCCAGUAUCAGCUACACGGGAAAUAUUAGAAGAACUCAGACCUCAACUCUAUCUCGUUAGCAACGCAACAAUGGAAAAAACUUUUCAACUUUUAGAUAGUUUUUUACCAGUCGAAUUAUUACCUGAAAAUCAUGUUUUCGGAUACAAGCUGUGGUUUGAAGAAAUUAUGAAAAUUUGGGAAGUUUAUUAUAACAGUCCAAUAUGGGAAACCUCGAUGAUGUCUAUUAUAGCAAAGCUUGCAAAAAAUAAUAUUGGAUAUAUCGACUGGGAGCCAUAUGUUCCAUUAAUGUUUACUCGCUUCAUGAAGAGUUUAAGUUUGCCGGUUCUUUAUAAACAGGUGCUUUGUUGCAGAACACUCAAAAUGACUGCUCAUUCAAUAGCAGAGUGGAUCGUAUCGGUUUUAGGAAAUGGAUCAAGUGCCCAAAUUCAUUUAGAAAAAUUAUUGAAGGCAACUGAGACUUAUCUUUAUCAAGCAAAUUCUGGACCAUGGGUUGAAAAACUCAGAGAUCUAUUAAGUAAAUUAGCAAUUGAAUUUAUUCGAAGACUACACACUGAACGUUUUAAAAAGCGCACAUGGAAAGAACCAAUUCCCGACAGCCAUAAAUUAACAGAUGCUGAUAUUGACGCUUUUGUCAAAUGUAUGAUGCCAGUGGCGAUGACUGCGAUGUUCAGUCAUACAAGUGUUACAAUGACAUGCACAGUGUUACGUCUUCUAGCAACAAUAAGACCCAAUAUGGUGAUUCCCUGUGUACUUGAAAGACUAUAUUCUACAUUGGACUCAGUAACUGAACCGCACAAGCUGACUGCGGCUAUGAUGACCGUCACUGCCGUUGCUAGACCAAUGGUCCAAGGUCGAAGGAAUAUUAACAAAAAUUAUACAUAUAAUGAAGGGCCUUCAAGAGUAAUUACUUUAUUAUUCUCAUCACUGCCAGGUAUAGAUGCAAAUGAUUUCAAAAAAUCUUAUGUUACUUUCCGCUUGAUUUUUGUCUACGCCAUGGUAGUACCAAUAACAGAUUGUUCAAAAGCUUCCGGAUCAGAACUACUUGAUGAAAAUGAACGUCUCACCUGUGAAGAAACAUCUCAGUUUGAAGAUUUCGUUCUGCAAUUUUUCGAAAGGGUAUUUUCUUUGAUUGAUUCCAGUACUCAAGAGUAUGUGUCACAUGAAAAUCAAGAUAAUGGUUCAAAAUCGAGAUUAGAAUCUCUAGUGGAAUAUUCUUUGACAUCUGUAUGUACAAUAUUACUAGAACGUAUGAGCAAUGAAAUUUUUCGAUCAGCUUUACACAAGUUAAGAACAUUUGUAACGGAGCGUACGCUAGAAACACGAGUUUCGGGACCUUUAGCAGGAUCUAUAUGCCGGAGUUUUGCAAGAGUUAAUGGUAGCGAGACUUUGAGAGCUUUAUUUCCAACAAUUUCACAAUCUAUUCUUGACAUAUUGGACGACGGAGAAAUUGCAAAGGAAGAGCGUAUUGAUGAUCGGCUUCUUUAUCCAAUGUUACUGCUUUCUAGUAUUGUCAAUACAUUAGGAAAUAAUUUAUUACCUUAUAUGGAUACUAUAUUAGAAAUUUUAGAUAAAACUUUACAUUUAAAAUCACGAGAAGGUAGUCAAAUGGCUUCGCAAAUUCUCGCGGAUGUGCUAAAUUCUUUCUCGAAUCUAAGCGUGACUUAUGAUUCUACUUAUAAUGGAAGAGACUUUAACGAUCCAAAUUAUCCUUAUAUUUUGGACUGGGGACAAGGAGCAGAUACUCACAGCAUUCAACUUCACUGGUAUGUUCCGGGGGAAGAAGAAAUUAAAAUGAUGCAAUGUAUUUUCACAAGAUAUAUUCCUCCAGAAAUUGCGAAAAUUCAAGAAUACUGUACAAAUGAAAAUUCAGGAAUUACUCGACAAGAUCUUUUAACAUCUUUAAACAUAAUUUAUGCAGUUCUUGAUGGCUGUGAAGAUUAUUUACCGAUUCCUCCAGAAGAAUUAACUGAAGAAGCAUUAUCACGUAUGUUUAUACCUAACGUAGGGGUUAAAGGUGAAAUAAAAAUGCCAGAUGGUACUAAUGUUCGUAAAUAUAUGGCCAAAAUAAUGACCGAACUACAAGCAACAAUGUUAAAAACUUCAGAAGAUGACACAAAAAGUUUAAAUAUUUUAGUUCAUAUUUGGAAUAUUUUAUUACUUGGACGAUGUCGUUCAGCGGACAAACAUAAAAGACAAUGGUUGAGUUGGAAACAAAUAAAGGCAGAUUUAAAGGAUGAGUUAGUGAGAAAAAAGAAAAUUUUACCAAACUUUAUAUCAGAACGUGUAGAACUUCAACAUGAACUGCGUAUUUAUUCACGCAUAUAUUAUUUAACAAAUUAUCAUAAAGCAAUAAUGUUCCAACUGUUUGAAAUGGCAACAAGCAGAUAUGCAAAUUUACGCGAAAUUGCACAGGAAGUUAUUUUCCAAGCUUUACCGUAUUUCCCUCGCUCUCGAACAGUGUUUAAAGAUAUUAUUCUUGAUUUAUUAAACACUGAUCCAGAAGAAAAUCAUGAAGCUCACAAGGGACUUUUGUAUCUCUUAUUGGGGCCCAGGUCAAAUGGGCUAAUGUUAAUAAGACAAUGGUCAUUUCUUCGAAGCAUUUGGCCUGCAGUAGUUGCUGCUAAACCAUCAGAAAAAAUGUCUAUAAUUCGAUUGAAAAAUAGAUUAGUGGAAACUGUUGAUAGCAGCUUAUCAACUAUUCCAUUAAAAUUUGUAAUACCUGAAAAUUGUGUAACUAUCGGUACUCAAUUGUGGCAUAAUUCUCCAAAACCUUCUGCCUCUAUACCUUCUGAAGCUGAAAUAAAAGAAAGUCGUGUACAACUUAAGAAAUUGGAACAACAAAAUUUCGAAGACUAUGAUAACGUUCUCCUUGACAUCGUCAAUAUUAUCCAAUCCAAUUGUCAUUGGCGACAACGUUAUAUGGGCAUGAAGUUGAUGAAAAAUCUUUGCCAUUUGGAUCGUGUUUUCCCUAUAGAAGUCGUUAAAUAUUAUUUAAGUGCAUUGAUUAAUGAUUCACUGGAAGAAAGAAAAAUCGCAACCGGGACAAUUGCGGCUAUUUUUAGACAACAUAAACGCAGACAUCCAAAGAUCACUAUUACGUCACCGAGAGAAGAAACAUCAAAGUCAAUCAUUCCUGAUAUCAUGUGGACUGAUGAGAACUUGAAACCAGGUGUCAGACCAGAUAACAUGUGGUUACAAUAUAACUCGAAAACUCGUCCUCUUACUGAAGAUCAAUGGAAUGAAAAUAGAUUUGUUCACAACCAUUACCUUGGUUAUUAUACCUGGCCGAAGACAAUAGAAAUUUAUGCCCCACCAUCAAUAGAUUCUUGCUAUGUACCUCAUCAUACUGAUUUAACUGAAACAGAAAUAUUGUUAGAUAACUUUUUUACUGAUUCACAAAAUAUUGAAAAGCUUAUUAAGUACAAUACUAUUGAGGAAAGAAAAGGCAAAGAUAAAUUUAAUAUAACUCGUUUUACUCUUUAUAAAGGACUAUUUCGAAAUCAUGGUAUUCGUCCUUUAGAUUUAUUUAUUCCACAUUUGAAAAAGCUUGUAGUUCAAAAACAAGAAAGUAGUCAACGGUGUGCUGCAGAAAUUAUUGGUGGAGUAAUAAAGGGAUCAAAACAUUGGCCUUUUGAAAUGGUUGUGAGGAUGUGGGAAUUGAUAAUACCAAUAGUAAAAGAAGGAUUGGAAAAUGUUACGACGGAAACAAUGGAUGAUUGGAAGGUCUGUUUUGCUUUAGCUUUAAAUCGAAGAGAUCCUAAUAGACAACAUUGGAUACUUGAAUGCUUAAUAGAAGAGCCGAAAUUCGAAAAUGCAACAUCAUCAUUUAUUGAAUGCCAGAGAUUGCUUAUUUUACAAUCAGCUCUCAUGCAACAAAGUUGGCGUGUUGCUGAAUUAAUGGAGCGAUUAUUAAUACGUGUAGAACAAAUGUUAUUGACUAAUCCAUUUCAAAAUGUUCGACAUACACUAGGAUUAUUAUUAAUGACCAUAUUUAUGGCUGAUUAUUCUACCGGCGAUUUUCAAUCAAAUCCUCCUACACCGCGUGCCCGAGAACUGAUGGAUCGUAUUUUACCACGUCUAAUAAAACUAAAAGAUGAUUUUACCGAAAACGGUAAUGAACAAGAAACCCUCGUACGAACAAAUGAUAUAGCUAUUUUGAAAACAGUUUGUAAAUGGUUACUUCUUAGUUCAUUGGUAUUGUCAAAAGUUCCAAUACCUGGUUCAGAAAAAUUACUUCCGAUUCUUUGCCAGUUAGAAAACUGCGAAGCUGAUGAUGAAUUAAGAACAACAUGUAAACGAACGCUAGCUGCUAUGGCUGAAGCUAUAACACUUCCUCAAAAUAUGGGAGAAAUUUUAGAUGCUCUUGUGGAUAUUUCUAAUGCUACUUCAUGGUCUACGAGAGCGUCUUGCUUAAGCUUUAUUGAAGUCUUUGUUUUUCAUAACAUGGCAAUAAUUAUAAGUAAUCCGGAAUGGGUUAGUAAAGUUCAAGAAAUUGUACUACGGCUGUUAAAAGAUGAGCGUCUAGAAGUUAGAGAAAAUGCCGGUCAAGUCUUGUGUGGAUUACUUCAUUGUACUUUCUUGCCUGAACAAAAGAUUCUCUUGAAAGAAUUUGAAUUCAAAUCAAAAGUAAGGGUGUUUAAUCCUGAAGACUUACGAUUAAGACACGCAGGAAUACUUGGACUCUGUGCAUUUGUACGUGCUCAUCCAUAUGACGUACCAAAAUAUGUACCUUCUAUUUUUGAGAGACUAAGCUCAUGUCUUAAUGAUCCUCAACCAAUUCCAUCAACGAUACGAAGGACUUUGUUAGAUUUUAAGCGAACGCAUUAUGAUGGUUGGACCUCUCAUGCUCAAUGUUUCACAAAAGAACAAUUGGAGGUUCUACAAGAUCUAUCUGUGCCACCAUCUUAUUAUGCAUAACGCUUAUACAUAUCGUUGUAGGCUUUUUAAAAUAUUUUACAUUAUAAAAAAAAUGAAAAUAUAUUCAUAAUAACAAUACUUA